AGCAAGAAUAUAAUUUGAAGGCCUCCGAUGUCGCCGCCGUGGUAUAAACUCGGCAUCCCUUUCUAUGGGCUCUUGCAUGAUUUGCCUCCCAUACUACUGUUCCAUUCUUCUUUCCUUCUUGAACCGUUCCUCCUUCCUUCCUGAACCGUUCUUCCUUUCCCUCUAAACAUCCUUUAAAUCCCCUACUAACCCCACUUUAAUGGGUAGCGGGAUACAGAAUCUUUCUAGAAAAGAUGGGCGAACUCCAGCACUAUCCGGCCGAUACACCCAACGUGCCCUUCGCACAACGCCCGAUCAUCAUUCUGGGUGCGGGCAUUAUUGGUUGUGCUGCAGCACGACAGCUUCUACAGGACGGCUUUCCAGUCAUCUUGGUCGCUGAAUAUCUACCUGGUGAUCAAGAUUUCCGCUAUGCAUCCGCAUGGGCUGGGGCGGCAUGGCAUCCAGCGGGCGGAAUUUGUUCGGAAUGGCGAUAUCUCCAAGCCAUCAGUCAUCGCCACCUGCUGAAAAUGGCACAAGAAGAACCCGAAUCUGGAGUCAGCAUUGUCGAUGCCCUGGAAUAUGUUGAACGACCUCCCGCUGAAAACUCGUCGGCAUGGGGAAGGACUCUGGCUGCCAAGUGGCGUGACUUACAACCGGGUGAAUAUCCAUCCGAAUUCAGCUGUGGAUGGUCGUACGAGACUCUCGUCACCGAUCCCACCAUCCACAUGCCGUAUCUGGGCAAGAAGAUCACUGCUCUGGGCGGCCAUUUCAUUCGCAAGCGGGUAGAGUCUCUUGAAGACCUCUAUCACAUGUUCCCCGAGUCAAGUAUAUUCAUCAACGCUAGCGGAAUUGGAAGUCAGACCCUCAAGGACGUCCAGGAUGACCAGUGCUUCCCGGAAAGGGGGCAGAACGUGUUCUACAAGACGGAAAACUGUCGCACAAUGUACUUCCGGAACGGCCAAGAAUACACCUACGUGAUCCCUCGGCCCAUGUCACAUGGUGUCAUUUUGGGAGGAGUCAAACAAGCUGACAAUCUAUCCUCCGAGCCAGACAUGGAAAUCGCCCGAGAUGAGAUCGCACGCGCACACCGUCUCGCGCCCGAAAUCGUUCCCGAGAACCCACCCGAAGACACCCUCAGCUACAUCGUCGGCAUCCGGCCCUCGAGGAAGGGUGGCUUCCGCUUAGACUCGGAGCAGCACGAAAGCCGGUACAUCCUCUCAGCCUAUGGAUUCGGCGGAGGCGGCUAUGCCUUCUCGUACGGAGUCGCCGAUGCACUGUGCAAGAUGGUGGAAAAGGUGGAGCGAGAGAAUGUGAUCUGAUCUAAUCCUUGUGAUCGAGGGUGCUGAUACCUUCAUGGGAAGAAUGCUGGCCAUUCAGCCCCGUGGAUGUGACGUUGAUGUUGACGUUGACGUUUAGUAGAUUCAUUAAUUAACAUUGAGCAGUGUCGUCGCAGCACCCUCAACGCUAUUAUUAAUACAAUGCAUUAGAGUACUCAUAAUCUAAAGCGAAG